AUGGGUGAACAAGCAAAAUCAAUACAAUUUGAAGGAAUUUUUUAUGGACUUUCAAAUUUUCCAGGAAUUCUUAAACUCGCUUCAAGUGGGCUUGGUUGGAAGACAUCGUACACUAGUAAUAUUGUUACAAUCUCUGCUGAAGAAUUUAAGAAAAUCCAAUGGUAUAGAGUAGCUCGAAAUUAUCAGUUGUGUGUAAUUUUGAAGAGUGGGAAUUCUGCUCGAUUUGAAGGAUUUUCACAAGAGUCAUUAGGAACCCUUAAAGAUUUUAUAAAAUUAAAUUAUAAAAUGACAUUGGAAGUGAGGGAACUUAGUCUAAAAGGAUGGCAUUGGGGAAAACAUGAAUUUCAAGGAACACGGCUAGCAUUUGCUGUUAACAAUAAAACAGCAUUUGAAAUUCCUUUAUCACAAGUAGCCAACUCUAAUAUAGUAAAUAGAAAUGAUGUCUGUCUUGAGUUUACACUAUCUGAACCAACAUCAAACAAUUCAACUAAAGGAUCUCAAACUCAUGAUCCAGUUGAAAUGAGAUUUUGUAUACCAGGGACAUCAAUAGUUAAAGACGAGAAUGCUGAGAGUGGAAAAGAGGAGGUGGAAGAUGAAGAGAUGGAGGAUGUGGAAGAUGGCGAGGGUGGUGAAAAAAAAGAUAUUGAAGAAAUAAGUGCUGCAAAAUUGUUUCAUGAAACUGUUAAACACAAAGCAGACCUUGGACAAGUUUCAGGAGAAGAAAUUGUCUUAUUUCAAAAUAUCUUACUGCUUACACCUCGUGGGCGAUAUGAUAUUCAAUUAUUUGCAAGUUUCUUCCGAUUACGAGGAAAAUCAUACGAUUACAAAUUACCAUAUAAUAUUAUUGUCAAUUUAUUUCUAUUGCCAAAACUCGAUGAUCACCAUAUAAUGUUUGUUGUAAUGUAUCUAGUAUUGAUUGGUUUAGAUCCACCAUUAAGGCAAGGUCAGACAUCAUAUCCUUACUUAGUAUUACAAUUUGAAAAUGAACAAGAAUCUGACAUAUUUUUGAAUAUUGAUGAUGAGGUAAAUGAGAGAGAAUUUGAAGGUAAAUUGGAACCUAAAUACGAGAAACCUUUAGAUAAAACAUUUAGUCUUAUUUUUAGUAUAAUAACAAAAAAGAAAAUAAUAAAACCUGGAGGUUUCUUAAGUUCAGAGGAUAAGUCAGCAGUUAAAUGUUCAUUGAAAGCAAAUGAGGGUUAUUUAUACCCACUUGAAAAAUGUUUUAUGUUCAUUCCCAAACUUCCUACAUACAUACCAAUUCAAGAUACACUUAGUGUUUCAUUUUCCAGAGUAUCACAACAAUCCAAGAAGAGUACAGCAGUACCACAAGCUAGAACUUUUGAUAUAAAAUUUCAUACAAAAAAUGGCACGGAGUAUCAAUUCUCCAGCAUCAAUCGACAAGAAUUUGAAAAUUUAUUUAAAUUUUUAAAAGAAAAGAAUAUUCAUACAAUUAUUGAAUCGCCUGAUGAAGGCACAGUCAGUUAUGCUGAACUUAUUAAUGAAAUUGUCGAUGAAGAUUUUGAAGACUUUGAUGAAAGUGAUGUGACUGAAGAAUAUGAAGAAAAUCCUUGA